CAGGAAUCUGCAUCAGAAUCCAACUCCCGUUGAUUCACAGCUUCACGUCACGAUGGCAGAAGAAGUCGCUCCAGCUGCAGCCGCCGCCUCCGCACCGGCCAAACCCCCCAAGUCCCCGAGGAAGAAGAGCACCAAGCCCGCGAAGAGGACCGGGCCCGGGGCCGGGGAGCGCAUCCUGGAAGCCAUCACGGGCUGCAAGGACAGGAAGGGCAUCUCCUUCAUCGCCGUGAAGAAGCAGCUGGCCGCGGCCGGAUACGAUGUGGAUCACAACGGGCACAACAUCAAACGCGCCCUCGGGAAGCUGCUGAGCGACGGGACCGUGGUUCAGCUCACAGGACACGGAGCGUCCGGAUCCUUCAGGAUGAACAAAACCGCAGAGAAGUCCAAGAAGGUGGCGAAGAAACCCGCCAGGAAGCCCGCCCCCAAAGCCAGGAAGCCCGCGACCCCGAAGAAGAGCCCCAAGUCCCCGAAGAGGGUCGCGAUCAAGACCGCCAUCAAGACCCUGAAAGCGGCCAAGAAGUCUCCCAAGCCCGCAGCGAAGAAGGUGAAGAUGGUCAAGAAAGUUCCGGCUGCCAAGAAAGUGACCAAGAAGGUGGAGGUCAAGAGCCCGAAGAAGGCGGCGGCCAAGAAGCCGGUUGCGGCCAAGAAGGUUGUGAAGAAGGCGGUGAAGGCCCCGAGCACCAAGGAGAAGAAGGUCGGAGUCAGGAGGACAACCAGGAAGUAGAAGAAGAACAAGUGGAGGAAAACAAACGGCUCUUUUCAGAGCCACCACCUGGUGCAGAGCUAAUGUCCAGAGAGUCACGUGUUCCAGCAGCAGAGCACUGGGUCAGAACCAACUAACUAGUUACUGAACUUUAUUAACUAACUAGUUACUGA